GACAACUUGUCAGAAGUGGCCAAACAAUGUGCGGCCGUUUCGCCCAAAGGUCUGAAACCACUGGAAGUGUUGGCAGACGUGAGUAAAGACGUCGACUGUAAACGACUGAUUGACAGUACGAUCAGUGCAUUCAAUCGGUUGGAUAUUUUGAUGAAUAACGCCGGAAAAUGUCUUCGAUGUCCGAUCAAUGAUACGGCUAUUCUCGACAAAUACAACGAUAUUAUGGACACAAACCUGCGUUCAGUCGUCUAUUUAACACAUCUAUCGGUCGAACACUUGGAGAAAACUAAAGGCAAUAUCAUUAAUAUGUCGAGUAUUGCGAGCUUUAAAACGUUGUCCAGAGGGUUUCUCUACUGUAUGUCAAAGUGUGCACUCGAUAUGUUCACUAAAUGUCUGGCCCUAGAGUUGGGCCCAAAAGGCAUUCGCAUUAAUGCUAUCAAUCCGGGCACAAUCAGGACAAACAUGCUUCAGACCCUGGGCUUCACGAAAGAGCAAUCAGUGGCCCGAUAUAGCGAAAUAGGCGGUAAAAACCCGGUCGGACGGGUCGGUGAGCCCAUAGACGUCGCGAACGCUGUACUCUUCUAGGCCUCAGACGAGGCCUCGUUUGUGACGGGCAUUAACUUUGUGUCCGACGGCGGGAUUCUCAACGCCUCCUUAUAAGUGUCUAUAUUAUUAAUAAAU